AAAAUGCCGCCCAGAGAUUGUGAAAAGUACGAGGACUUCCUGCCGAUUAUCGGAGAGUUUGGAGCCUUUCAGAAGCGACUGCUAGUUUGCAUGAUGCCCGCCGCCUUAAUACUUUCAUUCAACUACUUUGGCCAGAUAUUCAUGAUUCUGAUGCCCAAACAUCACUGGUGCAGGAUUCCCGAACUGGAGAAUCUGCCCAUGAAGGAGCAACUAAAGAGGGGAAUACCCAUAAAGAAUGAUGACCAGUUUGAGACAUGUUUCAUGUACGAUGUGCCCUUCGAAUCAGAUAAGUCGGAUAAUGUGACUAGAACGAAGAUACCAUGCAACAACGGUUGGAUUUACGACCGUGAGGCGAUUCCCUACGAGUCCAUAGCCAUCGAGUACAAUUGGGUGUGCGAUAGUAAGGAGCUCAGCACCUACAGCGUAAUCACCUUCUUCAUGGGCUCCAUUGUGGGAUGUCUUCUCUUCGGAUACGUCACCGAUCACUGGGGUCGCUUGGUGGCCUUGUUCCUGUCCAAUAUCUGCGCCAUGGUCGGCGGUUGCAUUAGUGCGUUGUGCAAGGAUUUUUACUGCUUUGCUGUCAGUAGAUUUGUGGCGGGACUGGCAUUGAACACCUGCUUUAUUGCUCUUUUUAUUCUAGCUCUGGAGAACGUUGGUAUCAAAUAUCGUACUCUGGUUGGGAACUUACCCCUUACGAUUUUCUUCACCUUGGGCGCCUGUACUCUUCCCUGGGUGGCCUAUGCUUGUGGGAAUUGGAGAUACUAUACCAUGGCCAUUACACUGCCUGUGGUACUAAUGAUACUGAUGAGCUGGCUUCUGCCAGAGUCACCGAGUUGGCUUGUAUCGGUGGGGAAAAUCAAGAGGGCAAUACAGGUCCUAAAAGAGGCGGCUAAGACCAAUGGAAAAACCAUUUCCGAGGAGCAAUGGUCAGAUAUGCAGCAAUGCUUUGAACUGAAAUUCCUCGACGAGCAAUCAAACAAACAAUACACCUGCCUGGAUCUUUUCAAGACCCUUCGCAGGGCUGUGGUCAUGAUUAUAUUGAUUAUAACCUGGAUGAUUGCCGCUUUGGUUUACGAUGCUCAUGUGCGGGUGGUCGAUUUAUUAGACACCGAUGUCUUUAUUACCUUUACCGUCGCCUCGCUCGUUGAAUUGCCGGCUGGAAUUGUUCCAAUUCUGCUGCUCGAUCGAGUUGGACGCAAGCCCACAAUGAUCGCCUCGAUGCUCCUCUGUGCUUCGUGUAGCCUCUUUGCUGGUCUACUGAAAGGACAAUGGAACGUAACGAUAGCGGCACUCUGCGCCAGAUUUUUCGUCUGUAUCGUCUACAAUGUGGGUCAACAGUGGGCCUCUGAAAUCCUGCCUACUGUGCUACGCGGCCAGGGAUUGGCUGUCAUUAAUGUGAUGGGUCAGGUUGGUGCGCUGAUAUCCCCCAUUGUGAUCUACACCCACCACUUUUACCACUCUCUGCCGAUGUUUAUAAUCGCCUUCCUUUCGUUGAUCGGAGCUGUAGUUAUAGUAGUCCUCCCAGAGACCAGGAACACUGUGCUGCCACACACGCUGGAGGAGGCGGAAAAGCGCUGGACGUUAAGUUGUAGGAAGCAAAUAAUAAAAGCUGAUCAGUGA